UCAAACACUUAUCCUAAGCUCGUCAAGAUGCCGCAACACAACACUUUAAAAUGGACUGGGCCUCAAAAUGUGUGCGUAUCUGUGCAUGCUACACCUAAAAAGACUCUGUUGCCAGCUUCCCAUUCAUACACUACAGCUGUGGGACCUGGAAACACCUCAGACACUCACACGACAACCACGACCUCUACUGCACUGAUGUCCUCAAAAAUCACACCUAGUAAAGCUGCUAAUGCUGAGGAUGAAAUUAAACUGCGGCAAUCAACGCACACGACUCGAGUGAACGCGGCGACAAAUACAACUUAUAGCCCGCAAAUUUCUCCAAAAUGUCCGACCCUAUCUAAAGCAAGGAAGGCAACAGACAAUAUUGAUAGAGGAGAGGCAACUGUACGACAUAGAGCUGCAAGUCCGCCAUCUACUUCACACAAUCCAUCUCAGAAACCACAUGAAAAUCCAUCGUCAAAGGUUAACAUUAGCCCACCUGCACAUCCCCAUUUCGCUCAUACACCCCAGAGCCCUUUGUAUCCUAACGCAGCAUCAGAUCAAUCUAGGCAUACAACCAAUAAGCGAGACGCUAAGCCUGAGGCAAGACAAUUUCACCCGAUUCAACCUAUGUCCUCAAAUUCGGAGACUGCAAUUCAUGAACCUACAGCGUCAGUUAACACUACAGCAGGUGCAACUGGACCCCCACAUUCAAGACCUCCAUUUCUUUCAGGUCCCGGUUCACCAUCUACACAUCGCAAGACUUUAUUUGAAAGCAUUGCCCUCAAGAACUACUCAGUCAGCAUGAAAAAAGUACCAUCUACAGCCAGCUCCUCAUCACCGGCAUUGACAGAAAUACAAAGAAACGUCUGUGUAUCAAGCACAACUAUGCUUCAGCCAGCAGACACAAAACCAGAAGAACUUUGUUGUAAAGAAGCGUCACGCAAAAAUAAUCCCGGUCAUGCAACUCUAGCCAAUGAAAACUCUGCUUUCUGCAGCAUAUCCAAUCAGGAACACAAGUCCAAAACAACUCUGCUUAUAUCAUCUAGGCCACUGAAUGUGUCAAAAAGCCAUAACAGAGGCAGUGAUGUGAGCGCCCACAAUUCGGAGUCAAUAAUGAAUCCCAACGCCGAUACACAAACUGAUAGGAACAAAUUUGGUGAUAAUCUAAGCAACGAAUUUGUGUCGCAUGAGUCAAAACGGCAGGAAAAUUCAAAUCUAUCACAGGUCACUAAGCUUCAGAAUCACAUUUCCUUAAUUAAGUCAAGCUGCAUUUGUCUGCAGGGCUGCAUAAACACAGAACAGCAAAGGGUUGCGCAAGGAUACACAAAAACAGAGCACGAGGGACACUGUGCUCCUGUCCCACCAGUGAAAAGAGCCCAGGAGACAGAUUCAAACGCAGAACAUUUGGCCUUGGGUGUAUCACCCAGGCAUGCUAAUAUAAAGCUUAAAUCCCAGGCAGAUAAACAGACACAUUCCUCUUCUGUCACAGCACAAACCAACUUCAUUAGCUCAUCGACGGCAAACACUCAAGGGCAUGUUGACCCCAGCCCCUUCUCUGCUGUCCAUCAGAACUCUAAUACAGAUACAUUGUCCCUUCUGCAAGCUCAUGCAGGUCUUCCUGUCCCUGCACCAGCCCCAUUGAAAAGUGAGGAUCUUCGUGCACACACAGGCCCUGGCUGUAACUCCAUAUUGCGGUCGUCAAAAAUCCACUUGGUAUCCCAUCCCCAACCCCAGUCCCGCGAGGCAGUGGCAAUCGCCAUAGCAGAUUCGAACUCAAGCCCUGCUCCCCCCCGGCCCUACCCGGUGGACACCAGCCUGGCUCACUCCCACCCGGCUGAUGCAGCCAUGUUGCUGCCCAGCUCCCAACAGUGCUGCAAAUCAGCAGCCCUACAGCAGAAGCUCGAGACGGUGGAGGCCAGCCUGGCAGCCAACAAGGACAGGAUCACCACUCUGCUUAGCAUUAUCCAUGACCUCGAAACAUGCCACACUCCCACCAGCGGACGGCGAUCCUUCAAAACUGGAAAGGACCUAAAGAACUGCUCGAGCUGCCAGAAAACUGCUUGUAUAAUCUACAGUGUGGAGUACGACUUCAGGCAGCAGGAGAGACGCUUCAUGGAGGUUCUGAAUCAAUCAGCUGGCGGAAAUAAUGCUUUCUCCAUGCAUCUGUCUCCGCAUUUGAACUUCAGCCUGCUCAGAAAAGUCAUCAUUAAGAACUUAACAAAGUCACGAGUGAAAAGCAAAAAGCUGUGCAAGACUCUCUUCCAAUGGCUGCCCAGGAAAAUCCAGCAGGUGUAGCUCUCUUCUCGACAGCCUGGUGCUGUUUGACAGCCAUUAGCCUGUGUCCCAAGUGACCAGCAGAAGCCUCUGCAGUGGACUUUCAUGAUUUGCCUCCUCCUCACAGAAUGGGAUUACUCUGAAUUAAGGCUCUUGCCCGGUGGAGUUCCACUCCCCUGCACACUGUCAAUGCUUAUAAGCAGGAUUUUGUACUAAAACGUGCCCCCUCUCUUUGUGACCUUCACCAUCACCCCAAAGGCUUUCUAUACAUCACUAUUGGAAAAUUUAAGGUUAAUUUGUUCUGAGCUUGCCUGCUUGAAAAAUGAAUGACUCACCACGGCCUCAGAUUUAAUUUAAAUUUCCGAAUGAGAACCUGUUCUCUUAAGACUGUUAUGAUUGAUGCACUACGAGUUUCCCCGAGAAGACAUUUCUCCUUCAACUGUCCCCUAACUCGCUUCUCCUUAGAAUAAAUGUGCGAAAUUAAUCAUGUUUUUCAAAUGAUUUAUUAAAUGCUUCUGAAUUUACUGACAGUUGAUUUGUCUGUAAAUCUGUUUGUCAACCAGAACUUUGUUUAAACUGUGAAUGUUAAACAGAGCUCUAUCCGUUCCGUU